UCAACAGUUAACUAAAAUUUGUAAUGAAAAUUAACAAUUUUAUUAGAUUUCCACUUUUAUACGGCGAUGAAAUAUCUAAAUUUAGCCAUAUUUUUGAUGAUGGUGAUCUAUAGUGAGGCGCAUCGAGUGAAGCGCCUAUCCACACCCGAGUUUUAUGGGCAGGAGACCUUCGAGCUGGCCAAGUAUGUCGUUUCCAUCAGAUCGAGAACACCGGUCAAGUAUUUCGGCGACAAUCACUAUUGCGGCGGUGGUCUUUUAUCGUCCUACUGGGUGAUCACCGCCGCCCACUGUGUCAUGGCUCAAACCAAAAUAAUGUACAAGGCACGGUGGCUACUGGUGGUGGCCGGGUCCCCACAUCGACUGCGAUAUGUGGUUGGCAAGACUGUCUGCUCUCCAGUGUCACACAUGUACGUGCCGAAGAACUUCACCAUGCACAACACCUUUAACAUGGCGCUGAUGAAGCUCCAGGAGAGAAUGCCAUUGGACCAUCCACGUAUUGGCUUUCUUCAUCUGCCACAUCAAGCGCCUAAAAUUGGCAUCUGCCACUCUGUUCUCGGCUGGGGAAGAAUGUACGCGGGCGGACCUUUGUCAGUGCAAAUAUAUCAAUUGGAAGUGUGUCUUUUGGAUAACAAAGUGUGUAAGAAGCACUUUCGCCACUACAGCGAGGGAAUGAUGUGUGCUGGAAAAUAUAAUUGGACGGUUGACGCUGAUCCAUGCAGCGGCGACAUAGGAUCCCCUUUGGUAAUAGGAAAGGUGAUUGUCGGCAUAGUCGCCUAUCCUAUUGGCUGCGGCUCCACCACCAUUCCGUCCGUCUAUACAGACGUGUUCAGUGGGAUAAAGUGGAUCAAGAGUACGGUCUAUGCGUUUGCCAGCACCAUAAAACCAAUACCACUCAUCAUGUUGCUAGUGAUUUCUAUAACCCAGUUCACAUUGAAUGAUUGGGCUUAGAUAAGAAGCAAAAUUACUUUUCCUACGGAUUUAGAAAUUAAUAUAUUGAAAUGCUUUGUAUAAAGAUUGAGUAAUAAAUGUAAUAUAUCAAAAAA